CAGAAUAUAUUUACCUAGCUAACAGUUUGCUUCUUCGCUUUGCAGCUUGGAAUUUAUUUUGAGUGUACAAAAAUGGCUUCUACCUUCUUCAGGAGAAUAGCUAAGGCCACUCCAGUUUCAUUUGCAGGUGAGCCCAGGUCCACUUUUGGAGCAAUCGCUGCAGUUACUGGUGGAAUCUCUUAUUUGUACUACUACAACUCUCCAAAUUUGGCUCAUUUAGAAGAGGUGAAAGUAGAAGGUAGCCCAAAAGUUGCUCUCAAUCCAGAUAAAUGGAUUGAAUUUAAGCUGCAAGACACUGCCAGAGUUAGCCAUAAUACUCAUUUAUUCAGGUUUUCAUUUGAUCCUGCUGCAAAGUUGGGUUUAGAUAUUGCUUCAUGCAUUAUUACAAGGGCUCCAAUAGGACAAGAUGCUGAAGGAAAAACAAAAUAUGUUGUACGCCCGUAUACUCCUAUAUCAGACCCAGAUUCUAAGGGAUAUUUUGAUUUAUUAAUCAAGGUGUAUCCUGAAGGAAAAAUGAGCCAGCAUUUCGCUACCUUAAAAUCUGGAGAUGUUGUUGAAGUGAAAGGGCCCAUUGAAAAGCUCAGAUAUUCUCCCAAUAUGAAGAAGCACAUUGGCAUGAUUGCAGGUGGCACAGGCAUUACUCCAAUGCUUCAAGUAAUUGAGGCUAUACUGAAGAAUACCGAUGACAACACUCAGGUAUCAUUGCUUUAUGCGAAUGUCUCCCCUGAUGACAUACUUCUUAAACAGAAGCUUGACUUUCUUGCUGCUAGCCAUCCAAAUUUAAAGAUAUUCUAUACUGUAGACAAUCCAUCGAAGAACUGGAAAGGAGGUUCAGGUUACAUAUCAAAAGAUAUGGUUGUGAAAGGCUUACCUGGUCCAAGUGAUGAUACACUUAUCCUGGUGUGUGGACCCCCUGGGAUGAUGAAACAUAUAUCUGGUGAUAAGGCUAAAGAUCGUUCACAGGGGGAGCUCACUGGCCUACUAAAGGAGGCUGGAUACACAGAGGAAAUGGUUUACAAAUUUUAAUAGAAGCAUUUUAGCAGCAUAGAAAGGCUACUUUCUGAUUUCAUCUAGAUUUUUUUUUUGUAAUGAAGGUUUUCUAAGGAAACUCAGGUCAAAAGUUAAACUUCAAAAUAUGGAAUAAUUUGGCUGCAGCAUCUAGAGGCCAGGCCGAUUUGAGAUUUUGUUUGAAGAGAGCCUAGAAGAGUUUAUGCCUGUUGUGGAAAAUUUAAUGUUGCUCAAGCAUGAUACAGUUUCAUGAAUGUGUGUUGGUCCUUUUGGGGUUAAUUGCAUUUUGCCAUUUGAAUGUUCCAUAGGAACCCUCAGCUGUCGAGUUGUACAGUAAAUGACAACAGUGCCAAUCAAUAAAUUUAUAGUGAGAGAAGCAGAUGCUUUCUUUA